UAUUUCUCAUUCUUCUCUUCCCAAAUUUUCUCUAUUCACAACAAUCUUUCUAAAUUUGCAAAAAAAAAAAACAACUUCCUCAAUUUAGCUCAAAGACACAAUUUUUAUAACACCCAUAAAAAUCAAGAAAUGGCAACUCCUUCAGUUAAUACAAUUUCAAUGCUUGAUUCCAACAUGGAAGUUGAUAAACUCACAUACGAAAUCUUCUCAAUUCUUGAAAACAAAUUCCUCUUUGGUUAUGAUGACACAAAAAACACCGUCACCAAAAAAGAGACCAAUUUAUCAACUCCGUUCACUGAAAACAAAAAAGUCAACACUGGAAAAGUCAGAAUUCUCUCAAUUGAUGCUAGUGGGUCAACUGAUGGUGUCUUAGCAGCAAAAUCUUUGACUCAUUUGGAAACUACCCUUCGUCAAAAAACAGGAAAACCAGAUGCCCAUAUUGCUGAUUUUUUCGAUGUUGUUGCCGGUUCCGGUACCGGUGGUAUACUUGCCGGACUUUUAUUUACACGUGGCAAUGAUGGGGUUCCUUUGUUUACUACAAAACAAGCUUUAGAAUUUAUAGUUGAGAAUGGUCGGAAAAUUUCCCGGAGUUCCAAGACUGGUAUUUUCCGACAUGUUUACCGACCAACAAAAGUGUUUAAGAAAGUGUUUGGUGAUUUAACGUUAAAAGAUACGUUAAAAGCUGUUUUAAUCCCAUGUUAUGAUCUUAAAACGGGUGCACCUUUUGUUUUUUCACGUGCUGAUGCAUGGGAAAUGGACGGUUGUGAUUUUACGUUGGCGGAUGUAUGUGGUGCUACGAUGGCUGAUCGUGCGGUUGAUUUGCAGUCUGUUGAUGGUCGUACUAAGAUCACAGCCGUUGGUGGUGGAAUUGCUAUGACUAAUCCAACGGCUGCUGCGGUUACACAUGUUCUUAAUAAUAAACAAGAGUUUCCAUUUGCUAAUGGAGUUGAAGAUUUAUUGGUUGUUUCUUUGGGAAAUGGUGACUCGGAUUCCGGUACCGGAAACAUGACGUCAUCACCGGCGACAUUUGUUAAGAUUGCCGGAGAUGGAACUGCCGACAUGGUUGAUCAAGCUGUAUCAAUGGCAUUUGGACAAACAAGGAACAAUAACUAUGUAAGAAUUCAAGGAAAUGGUAUUGUUGGGAAAAAAUACCAAAUGAUUAAAGAGGAAAACAAGAACAAAAGUGAAAGAAUGAAGAAAAUGGUGGUAAUUGCUGAGGAGAUGUUAGGUCAAAAGAAUGUUGAAUGUGUGCUAUUUCAAGGGAAGAAACUGGUUGAGAAUUCAAAUUUAGACAAGUUGAAGAUAGUUGCAAGUGAAUUGAUCAAAGAACAAGAAAGGAGAAAAACUAGCAUUUUGCCCCCUGUGGUUUUGAAACAUGCAUCCCCAUCCCCUAGGACAUCAUCGGCGACAACUUUGUCCUCCGUUUCGUCGUGCUAACUUAGAAGAAUCAGCAAGUAUCAGGUGAAAUAGUUGAGGUGUGUGCAAACUGGUCUAAAAAAGAAAAAGACUGGUAAUUAUUAGGAUAGGCAAUCGCGAGUAGAGUUUAGUUGAGUCGAGUUUGAGUUGAGCUAAAGUAGACUUGAAAUAUGGAGGUGAAGCCACUCGUGAUUAACUAAGGCGUUUGAGUUUGAUCGAGCUGAGCUGCUAAAAUAGCCCAACAAUUUAUUUUUGGUUUCUCCUCUUUGAUUUUUUUUUUUUAAUUUUGUUGUUUCAAUUCUUGGAUUGAUUUGUAGUUGCAAUCUAUAUUUAGGAAUGAAUCAAUGUUUAUAUGUAUAUGGUUUCAGUAAUAUGAAUGGAUUGCUCAUUAGAGACA